AUGUUUUCCACUUACUUACUCUUUGUAAGCUUAGUAGUUGUUGCUCUCAGCACUCUCGUCAUUGGAUUUGGACGGAAAGGUAGUGAAAGUCCACGUGAGACCGGGCUUGUCACGAUCCCACAGAAAGCACAGGUUGACAUCGCUGCUGCUGUGACCGAGCCGCCCAAGGUUCAACCAUGGAAGGACUGGCUACAAGCUGAGAUGGAAGCAUCAAGCGACCCCUCUCGGCCAUGGCUCGACUGGAAGCCCAAUAUGGACGACCCGAGUGACAAACCAUGGCUCUAUUGGAACAAGAGGAAGAUGGAACAGGGCCGUUCGGGGGCUUAUGAGCCUGAGCCUGAUCCUGAUCCUGAGACUCAGCCUAGGCCUGAACCUAGACCUUGGCCCAGGGGGCCGACGACGGAAAUGAUGGGUACUUAUCCUGUCAUCAAUCACGCUCGAAUCUGA